GGAAACAGUUGCUCGUGAAACACGUGAGUGAAAGAAAAGCGCGGUGUGUCAUAGGUCCGUUCCCUUUUUUCCUUCGACAGUGUCACGACAGAACACACAUUGUAGAACUGGGUGGAGACACAAGAAUUCUGAUAUAGUGAGCACCCGAAACUGCCCGUUUAACAUGCACCAACGAUCGAUGCAAUGAGAGAAUCGUUUCGGGGGCAGUCUGCGCAGAGAUUUAAGUGCGUUCGAAGCAGUUAACGGACAGCUUUAACGGCUCUGCUAUUAUUCGGUAAAACGUGCAAUCAAUGAAAUAACGCUUUGAUUCAAUUACUCGCCAAGAGACUGCGAAAAUCUACACUUUUCUCGUCGCUGUCAAUUCACCGAGAAGAAACAUGCCGCUGUGACGAAUUAAUAAAGUUUUCGGUUUUUUUAACAGAUUUUGUUCUCUGCUGGGGAAUCGGAUGUAGGAUUCUUUCUCGACUCGUACAAACAAAGAAAAUGUCGUGGAUGCCACGAGACUUGGCUCGACUGUGUUCGCCGGGUGCGACUGUAACGACGUGCCAACCUCAAGCUUACAUGUUCCUGGCUCUGGUCACCCAGCUCUUCGGUUACUCGCUGGACAACUAUCCUCCUCUGAAGAUUCAUGCUUCUCCUCAGGAUUACUAUUCCCUCGAUCUCGGGACACCGAAACUGCCAUUUUCGAGCUCGCCGUCUUCGGCGUACUCGAGUUUUGAAGAAUACGAUCUUCAGAGGCCGAUCUCCAGGUCGUACCCUCCCGGCAGGCGGAUGAGUUCCGGACUCGUCCGGGAUUUGCCCGUUUCGAGUGCUCCAGCGAGAUCGAAUUUCUGGUUUCCGGAGCCCCGCAAUCGUCAUUUACGGUUCACCACGGUCCCGACGUUCCAAGGUCACAGUGGGGACAUCGAAGUUUCGUCGACGCGAAGAAAUUACGAGAAACCGGAAGUCCUCGAACGGCUGGAGUACGGCGAGAGGAUUGGGAUUCCAGGGAGGAACGAGGGAGGAUUUUCUCCGGAAGUGUUUGGCGAAAUGGGAAGGUUCGAGCUCGGAAACGAGGCGAAAUUCAUACCGCUGUACCCGCCUUUGCUCGAUCCGAGUGAAAGGAGCGAUCGGACCCCGAGAUCCGGGUUUUUAAGGCUUGUUCCUGGAACCACUAAUACCCUUUCACCGUUCAGCGAGGGCUUUCAUGAAAACGGCGAAGAGACGACGAGAGAAAUUCCUCCGGGAAGCGUCACCGUCCAGGAAUUCCCAAACGUUCGAAAAGUCGACGGAGCAACGGCGAGUUUUUACGACGAGUGGAACGAGCGAAAUUUGUAUGGCAGUGAUCCUGGGACAGGAAACUUCGGGCGAACGCUUGAUGAGGACACGCGCGGUGCGAAGCGGCAGGCGAAUCAUCGCGUUCCUGAGACAACCGGCUCCUCGCCGGGCCAAUACGAUUUCAUCGUUGUCGGUGCUGGCUCCGCCGGAUGCGUCGUCGCCAAUCGACUGAGUGAAAUCAAACAAUGGCGGGUCCUUCUUCUAGAGGCAGGAAUAGAAGAACCGCUGGUAGCCGAUGUGCCAGCCUUCGCACCUACGUUGGGAGGCAGCACUAUUGAUUGGAUGUACAGAACACAACCGGAGCAACAUUCGUGUCGUUCGAGAAGAGGUCGAAGCUGUCCCUGGACUCGUGGAAAAGUUAUGGGGGGUUCGAGUACGGUCAACUACAUGCUGUACGUGCGCGGCAAUCCUGAGGAUUACGACGAGUGGGCGCGUUUGGGCAACGAGGGCUGGGACUAUCGGAGCGUGCUUCCCUAUUUUCUCAAAUCGGAAAAGAACGAAGAUCCGGAGAUCGUCGAUGCGAGUCCGGAGUACCACGGUACCAGAGGCUACCAAAACGUGGAAAGAUUUCCUUAUCGAGACAAGAACAUCGGAGUGUUGAUGAAGGCUUGGCGAGAGAUCGGUUACGGGGAGGUCGACGUGAACGCAGCGAGUCAACUGGGCGCGAUGAAUCUCCAGACGACAUCGAUUCACGGAAUGCGCCAGAGCACGAACGGAGCAUUCGUAAGGCCGGUAAGGCACAAGCGGAUUAAUUUGGAGAUCGUGACGGAAGCUCACGUGACGAGAUUGGUGAUCGAUCCUCGCACGAGGAAGACGACGGGAGUGGAAUACACGCUCGGUAAAACAGGAGUUUUCGUAACCGCGAGUGCGAGCAAGGAAGUGAUAUUAUCGGCCGGGGCGAUAAACUCGCCGAAGAUACUGAUGUUAUCGGGUAUCGGGCCCGCUGAAGACUUGCUCGACCUCGGGAUUCCUCUCCUCUAUGAUUCCGCGGUGGGGCACAACCUCCAGGACCACGUGACCAUGGACGGAUUGGUUAUUGGCCUGAAGAACGACAGUGCUACGAGCGUCGACUACGAGCAGAUGCUCCAAGACGUUUACAAGUACAAACUCACUAAAAUGGGCCCGUUAUCGGCGACCGGAACUCUGACCUGCACAGCUUUCGCCAAAACUUUCUACGAGAGUUCUCCGGAGAGGCCGGACAUUCAGUACCACUUCGAUCCCGUGAACACGGACGACUUUUAUGCCGACCCCGGGGGGCUCGUCGAAACUAAUAUUUACCCGACUGCCUACUACAACGGGAUCACCGUGAGGCCCGUUCUCUUGGGACCCAGGAGCCGAGGCUUCGUCAAACUCAACGACACCGAUCCGCUCUGGGGGGCGCCCUUGAUUCAACCGAAUUAUUGGACCGCCUACCCCGACCUCCUCGCCAUGAUCGACGGCAUUCAAAUCGCCCUCGAGCUCUUCCAAACUAACGCUUUCCGCUAUCACAACUUCCGGCUGAUCGAAGACCCACUCCCGGCCUGUCGGGCCCACCGGUUCGCCUCGAGGGCUUACUGGGCUUGCGUGCUCAUGGAAUACACCGCUACGAUCUUCCAUCCGGUUGGCACCUGCAAAAUGGGCCCGGUUACCGAUCGCCGAGCUGUCGUCGAUCCCCGACUCAGGGUUUACGGCGUCGCUGGCUUGAGGGUCGUCGACGCAUCCGUCAUGCCGACUAUCGUCAGAGGAAAUACGAACGCACCGACCAUUAUGAUCGCCGAGAAAGCUAGUGACUUCAUCAAGUCCCAGUGGCUGAAGAAUUGACCACAAUUUAGGCCGCUGUCACCGUUUAAUUGUUCGUUCCUCGGAGUUCUCGUUACCGCGAGUUGUUACGCGGGCGAAAUUUCACUUCAUCCGCGUCGCCACAAAAGUUACGAAUUUUAUUUUUUCAUUAACGUUUUGAUAGAGCAAAGUUCCUGGCUAAUCGCUCUGCAAUGGUUUUCCCACUGUCCGGACUCCCUCGCGCGGACGUUCACGGGAAAAACGUUAGCGAAAAUCCGGGUCCCCUUCGUCCAAAUGUUCCACGAUAUUUAAUACACAAAAUGCCAACAUCAUAACUCGAGGAAACCGCACACAAAAGUGGCGCUUUGCACAAAAUUUAUUCAACUCAAUUCCAACUAAGGAUUCUACUAAUCUACUCGUCAAUUACAUUCGCCAGUCAUUCGUAAUCUUAACAACGUUUUUCAUAAAUGUUCUAUCGUAAGGAUCAUCGAUGGGAAAUUCGUGACCACAAAGCAGAAGCUUCUCACGUUUAAAAAGGAAUGAAAUAUCCUCAUUAUUGUAAUAACCUCGUUCACAAAUAAAUGACGAUAAAAGAAAUGCGGAAAAGCUGAGGAGUUCGUCGAAUGUGGGCAGGCUUUUGGAGAACUACAUGGAAAAAAUAUCGAUGGAUUCAUGGUUUUGUCAAACGGAGGUGCCACGAUGAUUGGCGAGUCCUUAAAAUCCUCGGAAUCUACAAAAGUUCACUUUUUAAUCUAUUUUAAUAAACCAUCCUCCUGCGAUGGCAAACCGCAGAAAAAAGUUUUGACGUUCACUUUUCCCGACCGGGGACAAAAGUCUGCUUAAGGAGUCUACCCUGAUUGAACGGACAAAAAAAAGACUACUUUCACCAAUUUUUUUUCACCGAUAUAAAUUAUGAAAAUGAAUAUAAAAAGUGUUGGGCCUAAAAAAUACACUCUAAAAAUACACAAAA